AUGCCAGUUUCUGGAAUAAACCAAAUUAAAACAACAAUCCAUGAACAAGUUAACACAACAAUCUCGUCUAUCCGCGAUACAUACAAAUCAAAUAUCUCAUGCUUAGUGAUUGAUAAAAUCAGCGAUUUCACACCACAAAUGUCGUUUGACAUAUCAAAUUUAAAAAUACCCGAUCUUCCACUCGCUGAUCCCGAUUUUAACGUCGCUUCGAACAUAGAUAUGCUUAUUGGAUCUUCGAUUUUUUAUAGUUUACUUACCCAAGGUCAAAUAAAAAUGGGAAAAGGUUUACCUGUCCUACAGAACAGCGUUCUUGGCUGGAUUGUAGCUGGCAACAUUCCCAUAAAUCAACACCAAUCAAAAUGUUUCUUCUUAAACACAGACGCUUGCCAAGAUGAUUUCAAUUUAAACUCACAAAUUGAAAGAUUUUGGAAAGUUGAGGAAGUUCCUGAGAUAGCUGAAAAAUCUUGGACUUCUGAAGAACGCGAGUGUGAACAGCAUUUUGUGAACACUUUCUCUAGAAACGACCAGGGUAGAUUUAUACUCAAACUACCAUUAAAAGGUAAUUUUUCGGUUCUUGGGGAUUCAGAAAACCGUGCUUUAAAUAGACUAUACUCCGUGGAACAAAGAUUGUCGAAAAACGAAAACUUAAAAGUACAAUAUAGCGAUUUUUGCAAGAAUAUGAAAAACUCGGUCACAUGA